AUGUCUGAUCCAGCCGCAUCUAUUUCAACUGGUUUGGAAAAUGUCGUGAUCCCUAGUGAUCCUCCCGAGACUUCCGAACAUAGAACUACUAUUCAACAUGAUGAACAUAUCGCCCGCCUGACUCAAGAGAUUGAGGACCUACGUGGCGAACUAAAUCGGGUUAGGGACUUGACCAAUUUGUCCAUCACACUCCAAAGUCCACCUCCUGAACCUAGAAAUGUCGCACCAAACCCAUCUCGUUUUCCAUCACUUGAAUCUCCAGUUCCUGAACAUUUCCCUCCACAAAAUAAUGUACCUACCAACAACAAUUUUCCUCCAACCACCCCCGCAAAUCCACCAAAUCCAUCAUCCGUCUAUACUCCUCCACAAAGUCAACCACCCACCUACACUACCUAUACUACUCCUAAUCCACCACCCGUCAACCCACCAAGUCAAUCGCUAGUUCACACUCCUUAUGUUCCUUUAUCCACCAACACUAAUCCACCACCCGUCAACCCACCAAGUCAAUCACUAGUUCACACUCCUUAUGUUCCUUUAUCCGUCAACACUAAUCCACCACCUACAACUACUCCUCUAAACCCACUAAACCAACUACCUACAAACACCGCUUAUAACACACCACCUCCAGUCCAAAACACUCCCAUUGUCCAAACUUAUCCAACUCAGCAUAUACAAGGGGCACAUUUUGCCACUCCUAACACGCAAUAUGUUCCUCUGUAUAUGCGGCGGAAACACAAGCCUAUACCAAACUAA